UGUACAUCAGGAUCAUAACCAGAUUUGUGACAUUCAUCCCAUUACUGUAAAAAUCUGUAUGCCCAUAAAUACUGUUUGGGAAGCUACUGUAUGCAGCCAGGUUAGGAUAUUCUACACAUAACAUCCGACAGAAGGACCUGUGCUUGUGGACAAUCAUGAUGUCACUGAUGGUAGUGGCUGUAUUUCUCACCUUUCAGUCUCCCUGGGCAACAGCUUUCAAACCCUUAUAUUCCGAGGGCUCCCUCACCCAUCGACAAAUCACUGAGAUGGCCAUUCUCCGCAAGACUGCAGAAGUGUGCCGUGACGUAGCCAUUGCUGAGGGGCAAGACCUCAAGCUAACUAUCGACAACACCCUGACUGUAUUUGCUGUCCAGCAAGCCUGCUCAAGAUUACAUUCCGUCCACUCCACAAAUGGCUUUCAAUUAGCUAUUUUCAGUAGUUAUAUUUUUAAUGCUCUUGUGGACAUAGAUCAAAUCCAUCCUGAACGGCACUGUGAUGCUGAGAAAAUCAGGGAAGCGCAGAAGCUUAUUACGGAUGGCAUGAAAUCAGUGAAAACCAACAUAGAUGAGGAAAGCUAUGUUUUCGCCCGCAUCAGAUUGGGGAUAAUAUGUCAUACUUUACAGGAUUUCUACAGCCACAGCAACUGGGUGGAACUGGAUGAACGUGUUCCUUUUAGCAAACUCAUCAACAGGGACGCAAUAAUUGACAACAUAGCAGGUAUCAACACGAAAACAUGCAGAAACUGCGAUGGAGAUAAAUGCAAUGAUAAUAUUCUCCCAGAAUUAAAAGAGAAGAACCUCCUAACCUCAGGAUAUUUCGGUGUGUUUUUCUCAUCCAAACCUGAAGGCAAGUGUAGCCACGGUGGCAAAAGUGACGCAACCAGUUUUAAAGAACCUACUGGAGGUAUCAAUAAAGAUGAGAUCACCUCAAGUCAUGGCAUCUAUCACCAGCGUGCUGCAGAUCUGGCCAUCAGUGCUACCAUGGAAUUGCUGGAAGACAUUCGACUGGCCAAAGGCAACCAGGCCUUUCUUCAAUUGGUGGGGAUGAACAAGACGUCAGUGCUGGCUUUUGUUAUUGACACCACAGGCAGUAUGUCUGAUGACAUCGAAGAGGCAAAGAGAGUGUCCUUUAACAUUAUUGACAGCAGGAUAGCAUCAGCAGAGAAACCUUCAGAAUAUAUCCUAGUUCCAUUUAAUGACCCAGAUUUUGGACCACUGAUAAGGACUCGGAAUGCAGAGAAUUUCAAAGAGGCAAUCAGUUUGCUCACAGCUGAUGGCGGAGGAGAUGAACCAGAAAUGUGCUUAUCAGGACUUCAGCUGGCACUGGGUGGAGCUCCUCCAUCUUCAGACAUUUAUGUGUUUACCGAUGCUGGAGCCAAAGACUUUGAAUUAGAAAGCACAAUUCGAGCCAUGAUAGAAAACACCAAGUCAAGAGUAAAUUUUAUGCUGACAAAACCCUUUUUAUCCCGCAAAAAAAGAGACUCACAAUCUCAGCGUUCCUUAACAAGAAUUUCUCAACCAGAAAUACAGCUGUACAGAGACUUGGCAGAUGUUUCUGGUGGACAGGCAAUAGAGGUCACUAAGGGUACACUGUCUCAGGCCACUGCAGUUAUUACUGAUUCAUCUGCAUCUGCUCUGGUGACUGUUCUUCAGGUAGUGAGAAAUCCAGCCAAGGCAGAAAACUUUUCUUUUGUGUUGGAUUCAUCUCUGUCCAAUGUGACUAUGUAUAUCACAGGGGUCUCUCCAGUCUUUACCCUCUACAACCCAACAGGUGUGUCUCAGUCAGAAUCAGUGACAGAUGGCCCUCUAGGUAGCAUUCAGACUGUGGGGAAUCUAUGGAGAAUUAAACUCAACUCAGAGAAUCAGACCGGGGUAUGGAGCAUCAGUAUUAACUCUGCAAGCUCCUACACCAUUAAAAUCAUUGGUCAGAGUUCUUUUGAUUUUCUCUUUAACUUUGUGGGAUCUGAAGGACUUCAAGGGGACUUUGUGCCAAAAGACAAUCGCCCUAUCAGUGGUGGAAAUGGCACCUUGUUUCUCUCUGUGACUGGAGGUGAAUUGAUCACAGUGACUGACGUAUUUCUAGUUGAAGCUUCAGGGUCGAAUACUGUUAAUGGAACCAUUGAAUCAUUGGGUGGGUCAGACUACCUGAUACACUUACAAAGAAUCCCAGAAUGGCCAUUUGUAGUCCAACUGAAAGGUCUGUUGAAUGGCCUAACUCGAUCCUCACCUGGCCAGUUCCAGAGACAGUCACCCACUCAACAAAGAGCCUCUAGCAUAAAAAUCACGGCCGAAUCACAGAGCACUUUACAGGCUGGAAUCCCUCUGAAUGUCACCUUCACAUUGGCCAGUAAUGGAAGUGCAGGCAUCUACACCAUACGUGCCAGGAAUGACCGUGGUUUCAACGUCAUUGUCCCCAGUUCCCUGAGUGUGGAGGAAGGAGGAAGCACUCAGGGAACCGCAACGCUGACCCCUCCUAUCAACACAGUGUCUGGGACUGAUGUCACUCUCAUCAUUGAAGCAGAAGCUCCAGGGUCCAGUGACCUGAAUUAUGUGACACUGCGACUCACCGUCAUGGAUGAGAUAACUGAUGUCUCUAAACCUGUUUGUGAAAGAGUGAGGAUCAAAGCUGACUGCCCUGUGGUGUGUAGCAAUGCAUCAUGGGAACUCUCUGCAAACCUGACGGAUGGUAAUGGUACAGGCAUAGCCAAAGUGUUCAUAAACAUCGGCAAUGGCUCUCUCAGUACAAGUCAACUAAUGAGUGAGAAUGGCACCAAUGUGACCAUAGCUUUCUACAAUGCUUCCUGCUGUUCUCAGGAGGUGCAGAUAGUGACUGUGGAUGGGGUGGGAAAUGUGGGUACAUGUUUCACUUCUAUUAAGAAGAUAUCUGUAAAUCCAACCACAGCAAUACCUACCACAAAUACCACACUAAUGCCUGCCACAAACACCACAGUAAAGCCCUCAGUGGCCGCCAUGUCUAGCGGAGGUUUCGUGUCAUUCUCUAAGUAUUUUUUGCUUUUCAUCUUAGUUGUUUUCUUUAUAUGGUAAAGGGAAACUAAAAGCCUAUACUGGAUACUAAAGUUUUUUUCAGUCGCUUUGGUACAUUUCUCAGAUCAGAAUUUAAAUUUUUAAAACUACCUGUUAAAUUUUCACAUCGUGUCACUUGUGCACAUCAAUAAAGCAGUUUCUCCUUUCUUUGAAGAAGUUGCAAAUGAUUGUAAAAUUCAUGCAAAUGAUUAUGUACAAUUCUCUGCUGUUUCCUACAUUAUUAAUUGUUUCAUGUUGAUCAAAAUGUGUUUUAAUGGGUCUCUGUUGAAUAGUCUCACCCCCCACAACAUUUAGGCAUAAGUUGAUAGCAUAAGUCUUUACAUGCAAAAAAGUGAAAUAAAUUGUCAUGCCAAAGCAUAUUUCUAUACAUUUCCAUUAGACUUUUUUUCUAAAUCUGUCCUGAAUUUAUAAAUUGCUCCCAGGUGAAUCUUGACUUUCUCUAACAAACAGCAACGUCAGGAGGUAUAUGAAAACUGCAUUGCAAUUCCUACAGCACUGCAUGUACAGUUCUCCCUAAGGAGCUUGUCCUAUUGUCACAUUUCUAGUAUUUUCUUUGUGCUAUGCAGUGCUAUAUUUUCCUUACUGUAUCGCAAUGACAUGGUCUGUCAACAAAUUACAGUACAAACAGUAAAAGCAUAAAUGUAAAUUUUGUCCAGUCUCUUGCAAUCAAACUCCCACAUACACGAAGGUGUAACAAUUUAUAAUUUAAUUUUUAUUUUUUUGUCAUCAAAACUUUAUCUAUAGGUUAUAUCAGAACAUCCCUCCAGAGUAAACUGUUAUAUUGAUAACAUGACUAAUUUGACUGAAAUGAGAUAAACUAAGGAUUUUAAACAAGAGGAUUUUUGCAGGUAAUCCAUGCAUGGUGUUUUGCUAUUUGUACGAAUUGUUUUGAGAAAUGCACUCACUGUUUUGCAAAUGUCUAAGAUGAUCUGAGAAAUUUACCAGAGUGACUGAGAAAAACUGUAAGAUAGAAUAUUAGUGUUAACAUGCUGAGUAAACUUACUGUGGAUGUUUUUUCUUACAAACUGUCUGUCUGUCAUGAUUAGAUGUAAGAGCACUGGCUGUUAUGACUUUAAUGUAAUUCUGUGUAUAAAAUUUUACCCAUUCAUCUAAAUGUACAAUAAUCAAAGAUUUUUCUUUUGUGAUCAUUCAGAUAAAAAGUGUCUCUGUUUUUGUCUAAUUAAUAUAUAUAAAAAAUCAGUGGAAUAAAAGUAUGAUAACGAUGAUUAAUAAAUGCAUU